AUGACGGACAAGAUCGUAGAACAGCCAGCGAAAGAAAUGCCAGAAAUGAAGAAUGUGAAGCUAAGAAUGACAAACCUCCAUCUGCAUGCAAACGGAGUGUUCAGUAAUGUUUAUAGAGGUACUCUAAUCUCUCCCGGAACCACCCCACGGGAGAUUGCAAUAAAGAAAACAUGGCCAGAAAGUAGAGACCGGAAUUUCGAAAUGAUAUUCCUUACUGGAAUCAGCAGAGAAAGACAUAAAAAUAUUGUGCAAAUGAUCUUCGCAUUCUCUAACAAGCGAGACGAUAGGAUUUGCGAGUCGUUUGUUUUUGAUUUUAUGCCCGACACGCUUGGAUCGCUUAUCGAGAACAAUUCACUCGAUCUUGUCGACAUGAAACUCUACACUUGGCAAAUGUUCAACGGACUACAAUACCUUUGUCAACUUCAAAUCAUGCACAGAGAUAUUAAACCAGUAAACAUUCUCGCGGACCAUUCAGCCGGCCUUUUGAAGAUAGGAGAUUUUGGUUCGGCAAAGGUUGUUCGACCCGGGAUGACGUCAACACCAUACCAGGUGACAAGGUUUUAUCGACCGCCGGAGCUCUUGCUGGGAUCUGAAAAUUAUAAUUGGACUGUUGACAUAUGGUCAGCAGGAUGUGUACUGGGUGAGAUGGUAAAAGGGAAUGUCUUGUUUCCCGGCCGAGAUACAAAACAUCAGCUAAAGUUGAUUCGUCGAGCGCUUGGUAGCCCAACCGAUGCGGACAUGAGAUCUAUGAAAGUUCCGAAGCCGCCAGACCCUCUAGCUGAACGAGUCGCGGGGACUGGAUUAGCUGCUUUACUUCCAUCUGCGCGGCCUGAUGUUGUAUACUUUCUGGGUAAAAUUUUGUUAUAUCGUCCGCGAGCAAGAUUAGGUGGGAAGGAAGUACUCCGCGAUCCUUUUUUCGAUUCAUUGUUCCGUGAAGGAGCCAAAAGAUCGAAUGGACAACUUAUCUCGCAAUGUAUAACAUCUUCUGAUAUUGCGGAGGCUCACUCAAUAACAGUGGAACAAGCCUUGUUCUUGCCUCGCCUUGGGAUGCGAUAUAAACUUUUAGAUCAUAUUACUAGGAAGUUUUCCGCGUGUUAG